CCAACGCACUCGUAUCCAGAAUCCACUCUACUCGAAAGCAAGCUUCAGUAGAUAAGGUUUUCCCUCUCCUCCACCCUCCGUCUCCGGCCAUGGCGGAAGCUUCCAGGAUCUUCCAGACCACACUCAUGCCUUCAUUAUCGCAAAGUUUAUCCCUCCGAAAACCUUGCUCUAUGACGAUCACUCAACGAAAAACCUCACCAGUGAUAAUCCGCUGCACGAUCUCCACCAGCAGCAGCGAUACAGCUAAGGCUACCGCGGCUCCUCAGCCGAUACCUUGGGGUUGCGAAAUAGAUUCACUGGAGAACGCGUCUGCGUUGCAGAAAUGGUUGACGGAUUCCGGUUUGCCGCCUCAGAAAAUGGACCUACGGAAGGUUGAUGUUGGAGAGCGGGGUCUUGUUGCGAAUAAUAACAUCAGGAAGGGGGAGAAAAUUCUAUUUGUACCUCCCUCACUCGUCAUCUCCGCCAAUUCGGAGUGGAGUUUUCCAGAAGCGGGGGAAGUUUUGAAGAGAUAUGAUGUACCAGAUUGGCCAUUGAUUGCAACUUACCUAAUUAGUGAAGCAAGUCUUAUGAAAUCAUCAAGAUGGAGCAACUAUAUAUCAGCCUUACCAAGACAGCCUUACUCCCUUUUAUACUGGACACGAGCUGAAUUAGAUAGGUACUUGGAAGCAUCACAGAUUAGAGAACGAGCAAUUGAAAGAAUCAACAAUGUAACUGGAACAUAUAAUGACUUGAGAGAUAGAAUUUUUUCCAAGCAUCCUAAUUUAUUUCCUGAAGAGGUGUUCAAUAUGGAAACAUUUAGAUGGUCAUUCGGUAUUCUUUUUUCAAGAUUGGUUAGGUUACCUUCACUGGAUGGAAGAGUUGCCUUAGUCCCUUGGGCAGAUAUGCUGAAUCAUAGCUGUGAUGUGGAAACCUUUUUGGAUUAUGAUAAAUCAACAAAAGGAGUUGUAUUCACAACUGAUCGUCCAUAUCAGCCAGGUGAGCAGGUGUUCAUUUCAUAUGGCAGAAAAUCUAAUGGAGAACUCCUGCUCUCUUAUGGAUUUGUGCCAAGACAAGGGACAAACCCACGUGACUCAGUUGAGUUGCCAUUGUCCCUUAAAAAAUCAGAUAAAUGUUAUCAAGAGAAACUGGAAGCUCUGAAAAAAAAUGGGUUAUCAGCAUCACAGUGUUUUCCUUUACAAGUGACUGGUUGGCCAUUGGAGCUGAUGGCAUACGCGUAUUUAGCUGUGAGUCCCCCUAGUAUGAGUGGAAAGUUUGAAGAGAUGGCUGCAGCAGCAUCAAAUAAAUCCAGCAGCAAUAAGGAGAUCAGGUAUCCUGAACUAGAGGAACAAGCAUUCCAAUUUAUCUUGGAUAACUGUGAAUCCAGCAUUUCAAAGUACACCAAAUUCCUCCAGCUAGCUGUAGACUUGUGCAAUAGUGAACAGAGAAUUCUCUUUCGUGCUCAAUACAUAUUGAGGAGAAAAUUAAGGGAUAUGAAGAAGGGUGAGCUCAAGGCUCUAAAUUUGUUUGAUAGUGUCACAAAGUUUUUCAAAUGAAUGGCCAGAUAUGAACACACACACACACACACACAUGGCUAUUUAAUACUUGGAUAUUUCAUCAGACCUUCAACAAGACUGAAAACAGGUAUAUCAACCAUUUGCAAUAAAUAUUCCUCAUGGUUUAAAUUGCAGUGUGUAGAUCAUGUUUCUUUUUUAAAAUUUGCAAUUAGCAAAUAACAUUUUGAACCAAGUUUGUGUUGGUAUAUUCUUGUAGAAACUGGUUUAAUCCACCAUAAAAACAAAGAUAAACGUAUUAAUAAGUCAUCAUUCAUGUAUGCAAUUAACAUCCA